AUGUUGAGCGCAUACACGCAGUAUCGAACAAGAAACAUGGCAGCCUUCUACUGUGCUUUCCCCCGCAGACUCCUAAUGAAGUCUUUUUGGCGGCUUAGUUCUUCUCAAAAACUCUUCAGAAGCACGUUGUCGUUCAAUUUACUGACCAGAAUUCACGGAAAGGCCAAAUUCUCCAGAAAAGCGGUCGGUCAAAGUGAGGCGACUUUUGAGGCGAAUGGCACAAAUUGUAGUGAAAAUGUGGUCAGUGUUAGUACAAAUUCUUCUUUCGUCCACCCUGACAAACGAACGAUAUUUGUGGGGAAACUAAAUCCCAUAGCAACAGAAAAUUCAAUCAAGGUUUACUUCGCUCAGUUUGGAGAGGUGGAAGAGGUUUUUUUGAAAAAUCCCAAGAAGUUUAAGCAAAUGUGGCCAUAUGCAUACGUGCAGUUCAAAGAUGUCUCUAGCAUGGAAAAGGUUCUCUCUCAAAGGCAUUUGAUUCACAUGAGAUACGUGCAAGUGGAUGCAGCUUAUAUGAAGAACUCUCAAAACAAGAUUUGCGUCUGCAAUGUUCCACAGGAAAUGACAACAUCAGAGUUAAAGGCGCAUUUUUCACAUUAUGGGGAAAUCCAAGACGUGAAGGUGGUCCUUAUGGUUAAUCCUCGCUAUUGCUUUAUUGAGUUUACAACCGCAGAUGCGGUGCUAAAAGCUCUUGAAAGUCCCAUCCAUAAAAUUGGUGAGAGCGAGGUAGUUGUGAAGAAGAGCAUUGAAAACGCGAAAAAGAUCCAUGUGAAAAGGAGAGUCUGUAUACAUGAAGUUCCAGAAGGGCUAACAUUGGAACAUUUGAAAGAUUACUUUGCACAGUUUGGAAGGUUAGCAUUUAUCGAUAUGAUUUUCAUGCGUAAUCACAAGCUGAAAAGAGACAUGGCAAUUUUGGCCUUUUUCAAUGACGAGCCUGUCCAAGUGUUAGAAAAAAAUUACCUGCACAUAAUUAAAGGAGAAGAGGUGAUGGUAAGGCGCGCCAGGUCUCAGGAUGGGAACAAGGAGCGUAACGUACAAAUCUUUGUGGACAAGAUUCCAGGUUGUGUAAAGAAGGGAGAACUGACACAGUAUUUUGAAGGAUUUGACGAUGAUGUUAUCCACCUCAGCAUGAAGAGGUGGGGAGGAAAAGAAAAUUUUCAAAGUGCAUUUGUUACUUUUAAGAAAAAAUAUACAGUUAACAAAAUUAUGGCCAAAGCUGAACAUUCUAUUGGUGCAAGACAGUUUAUCGUUAAAAGGUUUGGAUGGAGUGCUUGAGAGCUCUAACUUGUCAUUAAAUUAGGUGGACACAAAGUUUGUUUCUGAAUUUUACAAAAUAUGUUCAAAAGUUUCAUUCUGAUUGGCUGGGAGAGAUGAAGUUUUCAGGUAAUAUAAUGCAGGAGAGAUUAUUCAGUGGAAAAAAAACGUAACAGAGUGUUUCACUGGGCAUUGAAAUUUUUUGCAGCUAAGAAACUUAAAGAGAAAGAAAGUUUUGUUUUUUGGUGAAUGUGGUUGUCUUGAUUUGAUGGCGAAGGGAAGACUGUCUUGAUCAUUGUGCCCGUGGGGAGUACUCCAUAAAGUGGAAAUAUUAAUUUUUCCUCUCUACCAUAACUAUUAUUUUGAUCACUCAUUUACCAAUGCUGUUUGAUUUUCACUUGGUCGUGAGAAAAGUGAUGCACACUUUGUAAAAUGUUCACCUUCCUUUUUAUUGUUUUUAAGUAAAUCAGAAAUAUAGGUAUGAUAUGGCUACA